AUGCUCAGCCUACUCUCCCGUCAAUGCAAGCAUUCUCCAAAGAAUGCACUCGCUCAACUAAGACUAUUCACCACUAGUCAAAUUCUACUCGCCCGUCGUCAUCAACAGCCAAAAAUCCGCGUGCCCUCCAAGAAAGCCCUCGCGGCCAAAGCAAGGAGAAGGGCUGGUAUAGCUGCCAAGGCAGAUGAUCGAACCCAGAAGUUGACUCUCUUAGAAGCCAUAGCGGUGCUUCGCGCCGUUGAAGUUGCAUCACCGAAUUCGAUCUAUGAGCUUCUCGUCAAGACUGAGAUUAAAAAUGGCGUUGCUGUACCGAAAGGACGUGUCAAUCUUCCAAGAGAAGCUAAACCCAGUGCUGAGGAAAAGAUUCUCGUAUUUGCGGAGGGGAGACAAGCGGAAGAGGCAAAAAAGGCGGGUGCGCAUAUUGUGGGUGGCCCAGAGCUUAUUGAUGGAAUUCUCAGCAAUCGUGUCCGCGCGACCACUAUUCUCUGCACAACAUCGCUCAUUCGAACCAUUACACCCAAGCUAGGACGAUUCUUGGGUCCUCUGGGUUUGAUGCCGUCCGAACGUAGAGGAACUGUCACAGACGAUAUUGCUGGUUAUAUUCAAAGAAUACACGGUACAAGCGAGUGGAGAGCGGACAGGGCAGGCAGCAUUCGUGCUCCUAUCGCCACAAUGCAAUUUCCUAUCGAGGAUGUUGUGAAGAACGUCCGCCAUUUUCUCACUUCUGUGAGGCGAGUGACAGGCAAUUCCAGAGAUGCGGACAAUGAACGCAGGGGUAAGGCGAGUGGUGCUCCCGUGACUAAGAUUAGCAAGGUUAUGCUUAGCUCUCGACAGGGGCCAGGAAUUCGAAUAUCUGACUUCUGA